UCGACCUAUUUCUAAUUUUGCGACCCGAAGCACGACAACAGUAUUGAAGCCCAAAUAAAUCCAUCACCUUGCGACCGCAGAGCAACUCGUUCCCGGCGGAGAGUCUCUGUCUCUUGAGAUACGACGCGUCGAAUCCAAAGCCAAAGGCACGAUCUUUCCUGCAAUUCUCCGGCGAAUCCAUUCGUGUUGCCUUCUGCCGGCCUCUUGUCUCCGCCGUUUAUUGCACUCGGUUUGAUCCGUUCAUGGUUUGGUCGCACGCGUUUCCCUCUGACCUGUUCGACGAAAUCUCCCUGAGAAAAAUCUUAUGUUUUUGGCCGGCCGGUGCAAUGUGCACCUCCCAGAAACCGGCCGCUUCUUCUCUCGCUUCGUUCCCACGAGCCCAAUCAGCCUCUUCGAUGCCCGGCUCGCUUCUGCAGGACGUGGGUUUGCAUCAGAGUCCCGCAACAAAUUGUCGGCGAGGUUUAAGUCGCCGACGCAUGCGUUCUUGGAGUCUUCUUGUAGGCUUCGAAGAGUUCUGGAAUCCAGUAAGUGGUCGGAGUCGACGGAGAUAGAGUUGCAGAGGCUCAACAUUGAGUUGAAUACAUACAUCGCUAACCAGGUAUUAAAGAGCCUGUCGGAUUCUUACAUGGCCUACCGUUUUUAUCUGUGGGCCGAAUCCCAGCCAGGUUUCCAGCACGAUCACUUCACCAUCAAGACUAUGAUCUCUUUGGCGUUGAAAGAUCAAAACUUUGGUAUCUUUUCAGAGGUUUUAAGAGGAAUAAGGUUGAAGGGUCACUCCUUGCACCGUUCUAUUUAUCGGAUUACUAUUUCAGGUUGCGUCCGGUCAGGCCAGAUCAAGUUCGCAAUCCGUACAUUUGAAGCUAUGAUUGCAUCAGGCUGCCGCAUGUUUGAUGUGGACUUUAAUAGGUUUAUGGGUGUACUAGUUCGAAAUAAUUGUUUUGAUCUUGCUGAGAAGUGCUAUUAUAGGAUGACCUCAAAGGGAUUUUCUUUGAGCUCGUUUACUUAUUCAAGACUCAUCUGUGGUCUGUGUCAAGCGAAUAAUCUUCUCUUUGUUGAGAAGCUUUGGAGAGAUAUGGAUAAGAUAGGUUGUGUCCCAGACAUCUGGGCAUACAACAUAUAUUUGAAUUGCUUAUGCAAGCAGAACAAGAUGGAAGAUUCUUUGGAUGUUUUGCAGUCAAUGAUCCAGAAAGGAAGAGAGCCUGAUGUUGUUACUUACACGACAAUCAUUAAUGGAUUUUGUAAUGCUAGACAUUUCUCUGCUGCCUUAGAGAUCUGGGAUGAAAUGUUGAAAAGGGGCUUCAAGCUAGAUGUUAUUAACUGUGGUACAUUAGUUUGUGGUUUGUCCGCUAAUGGGAAGGUUGACGAAGCUUAUGAACUAAUGUUGGAAAUGAUAAAGAUGAACAUUGAGCUAAACACUCGGUUAUACAAUGCUAUUAUAGGUGGGUUCUGCAGAGCUGGCCAGUUUGAUAAGGCCCAAGUGAUAGUGUCUUUCAUGCAAAGAAAUGGAUGCAAGCCUGACUUGGUUACUUGUAACAUACUCCUGAAUCAUUACUGCGAUCGAUUUAUGUUGAAUGAAGCAGGUAACUUAAUGAAAAGGAUGGAAAUGAGUGGGAUAAGUCCAGACAGGUGUAGUUAUAAUCAACUAUUGAAAGGUCUUUGCAAGGGUAACCAGCUCGAAAAGGCAUAUGAUUUUAUUACCAGUUAUAUGGAGGUAAAAGGUUUGUGUGAUGCAGUAUCCUGCAACACUGUAAUUAAUGCAUUUUGCAAAGUUGGGAAAAUGGGAACUGCAACUAAGUUGUUCGAAGAGAUGGGUCAUAAAGGAAUACAUGCAGAUGCCAUUACAUACAGCACUCUAAUCAAUGGAUUCUUUAAAAUUGGUGAUGCUUUUAGAGCUCAGGAACUCUUUCACCUAAUGCUCAAGGCUAGAGUGGUUCCAACUGUUAGUGUAUAUAACGUUAUGGUGCACCACCUCUGUAAAGUUGGCGACAUAGAAGGUGCUCGCAGAUAUUUUCUUGACAUGACUGAAAAACGGAUCUCCCCUGAUAUAGUUUCCUAUUCCAGUCUUAUAAAUGGGUUGCUGAAAGGAUCAAGAAUAAAUGAAGCCAUGAAGCUAUAUGACGACAUGUGCAAAAAUGGAGUGACUCCUGAUGAAUUGACGUACAAAUUACUGAUUGGAGGACUUCUGAAGGGAGGAAAGUUUAUCCUAGCUUGUAGAAUUUGGGACCAGAUGAUGGAAAAGGGCUUUACUCUUGACAGAGCUCUUUCUGAAAGACUGAUUGCUGCAAUUAAGUCCAAGGACACAAAUAGAGAAGAAGGUGAGAAACUUCGAUCUUAAUUGAGCAGAACAAAGUUUGUUGGUAAUACUCCAGGUUCACGAAAAUUCACAAGCAGGACCUCUAUACCUCUUAGAAGUGGUCAGGAUCAAGGAUGCUGAUCAGGUCCAAUCUCUCAGCUUUUCUAAAUAACAUGACAUAUAACUUGUCAUAAAGAAGUAUCUAGAGAUUUACUACUAAAUGCACCCUCUGAAUAUCAUUUUUUUUUACAUGUACUGUGUCACAGUACUCCAAAUUCAUGUCUAUUAGCAGCAUGCUAAGUAGAAAAAUAACUGCACCUUGAAAUUGGAUCAGAAAAUUUCACACAUAAAUUAUACAAUUUCUUGUGGCCUUUUAGAUUGCGAUGCCUGUUUUAUUUUGGUACAAUAACAAGUGAAGAAUUGCAUCUACAUUGGUGCUUGAUGACCUUGCUGUCUGCUCAUUCUCCUCAAAUCAUUUAUAAAAGGACAAUAUAGCAUAUUUUACCAGGAAUGUGACUGCUUUUUUAAGGAUCUUUUGCCUACUGAUGCUACUAAUUUGAAAUUAUAUUUGCAACAAAAAAAUCAAAUUCCCUUCUUUGUGUGUGAUUCAUAUAAUCAUCCAGCUGUGAUCAUGUUGAGUACUCGAGGAUAUACAGCAAAAUGUUCUCGCUUUUAAUUAUAAGGUUUUUAAUUAUAAUAUCACCAAUUUUAUUCUAGAUUGCAGUUAAAUGAGAAACCAUUUCACUUAAUGUCUUAGACAUUGUAUCAUUUGGUCAACAUUGAUGCUUAAGAAAAGUUAAUACCAAGUGAUAUCAUGUUCAUGUAAACGAAUCACUUAAAGUUAUCAUUUGGAUUAAGCUUCGAUAUUGCUCUGCUGCACUAAUCAUGAAUUAUAUGGUAGGUCUACAAGUGAUGUCACAUGGUUUGUCCAAUUGGUUACUUAAACAAGGAACUUUUCCUAGUAUAGUUAUCAUUAUCUAUGAGCUAGAUUGUAGGUGGAAGGGCUAAAAAGAUUCCAAAAGUGUCCAUAACUAGACAUGACCUUGCAAUAUUUGGUGCAGUUUCCUAGUAAGGAAACUUUUGAUUGGGGGACAGGCCUGCCAUAGGUUAUUUAGUGAUCAGAGAAACUUGAUUUAGUUAUUGCGGUAUAAGACCGUGCAUAUGGUGAGCAUACUUCAGAUUCAGGCACAAAAUCUAAACUUGUGAGUUACAUCAAAACACAACCCAGACAGUCCUUUUUUUAUUUCUGUGUUUUAAAUCACUGCUUAGUUUGAUCUUAAGGGUUAGUACUUGGUGUUAUGCUGAGGUUGCCGCAUUGCAAUAUCAUUUUCAAGGAUUCUUAUCAUAAAAAUAAACUUUUUUCAUGCAGAUGCAAGUCUUCUUACGUAUUGUCAUUCCCUAGCUCCUCAUUGUUGGGAGCCUUCUAAGCAAUCCUUCUUUAUUUUUUAGGAAAAACUAUGAUUUUCUUCUUGCAAUUUCAUGUCCAAACUAUUCCACCUUGAGAUCUUGUGGUACUUAAGGAACUAAGAAUGACAUGCAUACUCAAUAAAGAAUUUUGCUUUGGACGCAAUCCCUUGCUCCCUCAAAGAAUAUGAACCUUUUAAAUUUGAAAGAGUGACAUGCAUAGCCACAACCUUCUUGCGAAAAAAGAUCCAAAAGUCUUUUAUUUUAGGAAUUCAGUUUUGCUAUAUCUUAUAUUCUUAUUAUGUAAUUAGACAAAAAAUGAUUCGAGGUAGGCUUAGCAAAUUGAUGGCUCUUUCUCCAAACAACUUUAUUUUCUUUUAGUUUCUUGCUCAAUAUUCUUUGGAUCAAUAUCCUAACCAGGUUUUGAAUAUCGAUCUGUAUCGACGUACUGAGCUCGGAUCGGUACAGGAUGUACCGAUAUAUACCAUCGGUACGCUAGGACGUACCAAUGGUAUACCUUAAAAUCUUAAAAAUACUUUCACCUACCACACCAUGGCGUACCGAUCGGUAUGCUUCGGUAAUGGUCGAAAUCUGGGGCGGUACCGAGGCGUAUCGCGUACUGACGGUACACCCUAAAACCUUAAAAAUACUUUCACCUACCACGCUAGGGUGUACCGAUUGGUUUACCUCGGUAACGGUCGAAAUCCGAGGCAGUACCAGUCGAUGUGCCUCGGUACCGAUUAAAACACUAGUACUGCCCGGUAGAGGAUGGUCUGCGUACAGGUAUCCUCUCGGACCGGUAUGUACUGCUCGUACCGCGGGCAGUACACAUCGAAAUUGAGAACGUACCAAUGGUACACCUUAAAAUCUUAAAAAUACUUUCACCUACCACACCAUGGCAUACCGAUCGGUAUGCUUCGGUAAUGGUCGAAAUCCGGGGCGGUACCGAGGCGUAUCGCGUACUGACGGUACACCUAAAACCUUAAAAAUACUUUCACCUACCAUGCUAGGGUGUACCGAUCGGUUUACCUCGGUAACGGUCGAAAUCCGAGGCAGUACCAGUCGAUAUGCCUCGGUACCGAUUAAAACACUAGUACUACCCGGUAGAGGAUGGUCCGCGUACCGGUAUCCUUUCGGACCGGUAUGUACUGCUCGUACCGCGGGCAGUACACAUCGAAAUUGAGAACUCUGAUCCUAACCUGAACCAAAUCCAUCUAGUUCUUGAUCUUAUACUUAGCAACUCCUCAAACUCUAGGUCUAGAUGGAAGCUAUUUGUCCUUAAUAUAACUGAUUACUGUGAUCAUCCUAAACUAUAUAAGUCUUCUUUUUGACAUGCAUAUUGAUUCUUCAUUGUAGAUAAAAUUAUAAAAAAUAGGCAUUCAAGCUGA